UUGACAAUGAAAAUCCAGAACUUGUGUAUUGCCCCAAUGAUAUUGUUCAAACUAUCUUGUCAUCGUCUGGUGCAACUACUGCUACCGUCUCAUGGACUGUUCCUAUAUUUACUGACAACUCUGGAACGCCAACAGUAAUGGCGUCAAUAUCACCAGGUUCAACGUUUACAAGUGGAAACACAGUUGUUGUAUACACUGCAUCAGAUAGCUAUGGAAAUGUGAAUUCGGAAUGUACUUUCACAGUUACUGUAAAUGUGGAUGAUCCGCCGGUGUUCACGUCCUGCCCAAGUAAUCAAGUACUAGAAACAGAUGCUGGUGUUGCAACAACGACAGCAACUUGGACAACUCCAACAGCUCAAGAUGCUAUAGAUGGCGCUAUAACGCCACUGUCAGACAUUAGUUCAGGAUCGUCAUUUUCAAUUGGAACUACUGAAGUGGUAUACACUGCUGUGGAUAUGUCUGCCAACUCAGCUACUUGCGAAUUUUCUAUAACCGUUAACG